UCUUGAAUCGUUUGAGUCGUUCUCACUCGGUCAGGGUUGCACGUGUGGGUUGCUUUUCCUGCACGUGUAAUCAGCACGUGUUCACAGACCGUAAAUCCCGACCCCAUGGUAGACACUCGACAGAAAUUUCAUACUAAAGUAAGUAUUUUAUAUUUUCUGGGUCUAAACAGAGCAGAAGUAUUGCUAAUGUGUUGUACAGAUUCUAUUGGACUGGUGAACUGUGUGGAUUUGUAUAUUUAACCCAGUUUAAUAUGGCCUGCUUUGUUCAGUCAGAGACAAGUAAAUCUGUUCUAAUGUUCAUUUAUUUUCCAUAGAUAAAACAAAUGUUUGCUUACACAUGACUACGUACUUUAUGCCUUCAGAAUGGUGGAGAUUUGUCUCUUGACUAUUUUAAAUUUGGUUCUCUUCAACAGGUUGUGUUUGAGUUGUGCAGGCUUGUGUCACCUGACUUAAAGAAGGCUUUCUUUGAAGGGCUUGAUCAGCACCUCCCACGGCUCCUGCAGUUGUACAACACCGAGAGGCAGUGAAAUACCCGAAAUCCAACAUGUGAUGACCCGCAUUGAUCAAGAGACAGGAGCCUGUGGUUUCCUACUCUGAACGCUGUUCGAGACAUGUCGACUUCAGGAGGCCCCACUCCACCCUUCACCACCCUGUCAGUCACCCACCCAGCCAAUCACAUCACUCCUGUAGAGCUGCACCGACCAGAGAAACGCAACACCAUGAACUAGGCCUACUGGAGUGAAAUGAUCGAAUGCUUUAAUCAGAUUGCUGAAGACUCAGAGUGCCGUGUGGUGGUGGUCUCGGGUGCAGGGAAAAUCUUCACUCCAGGCACGGAUGCUGAUCACAGAGGAGAGCCUGAUGACCACGAUCGUCCGCACACUCCAUGAUCACCUGAGACAUCCAGACCAGCAGGGACGAUUUCAGUUUGAACUCUACAGUGCACAAAAGGUCUUUAAAUUCCGCAGGGUCCAGAGUCUUAUAGAAGACCUCAAAUAUGUCCUGAUUAGCCGUCCAACAGAGUGGACCGACAAGCUCAGGGAGAAGUUUCUGGAAGGACUUGAUGCUUUCUUGGAGCUGCUCAAGUGCAUGCAGUGUGUUUACGGUAUGGACCCACACACAUUCUCAGUGAUGCAAGAGUGGUGUGCCAGUGAUGCAGAGGAAGCUCAGCGAAAGCUUAAGAGACAGAAUGGAGAGGACCCAGCCCUGCCUCCAUUCUGCCCACUGUGUGCCAGCUUGGUAAACAUUCUGCAGUGUGACGUGCUGCUUGGCAUGCUGGGAGCUGUGCUGCAGUGGGCUAUGGAGCCCAGUGGAGGACACUGGUCUGAGUCCAUGCUGCAGAGGACUGUGUGGGACAAAGACAAAGCGGAGAGAAAAAGGAAAGCUGAACUGUGCUGGAAAAAGACCAUGGCUCAAACAUUAGAGAGCCAGAGUCAUUUUAUCAAUAAGUACAUAGAUCUGCUCACGCAGGAUUCAGAGGAUCUGGAUGCCUCAGCCUCUACAUCAGCAGAGCAUAGCCCCAGUUCAUGUGACAGUGCUCUGGUGUGUGUGGGACCUCGUCGUUGGCGUGCCAGAGGAGGAGAGAGGAGGCAGAAGGAGAUGUGUAUCCUGUGUCACGAAGCGCAGGAGAUCCUACCUGAUGGCACCGCCAUGGUGCUCGCUGCCUUUGUCCAACGCUCUACGGUCAUGUCCAAGAACCGCAAAAGACCCCCUCACAAUCCAGAGAGCUAUGAUCCCCUCUUCAUGCACCCUGACCUGUCCUUUGGUACCCAUACCGGCAGCUGUGGCCACAUCAUGCACUCUCACUGCUGGCAGAGAUACUUUGAGACACUCCAGAGUCAGGAUGCGCAGUGGCUGCAUGAGCAAACCAGUUACGAUGUAGAGAAUGGGGAGUACUUGUGUCCACUCUGUAAGUGUCGCAGUAACACAGUCAUUCCUCUCCUGCCCCUCACUGAGACCACCUGCAGUUACAGCAAUAGUGAGCAGCCAGGUCUGGCUCAUUGGCUGAAUACAACGUAUACAAGCAGAUCAGAGCCUUGCACUCUGCUCAUAAGAGAGCCAAGCCAACAAAUGCUGGUGAGACAGAGACUGUGGAGGACUCUCCUCCUCCUGAGAGUUUCAGGCUGGACCACACAACAGUCAACCCUUAUUCAAGCUCCAUAAGGGAGAUGUUGAUGACAUUUGGGACCGCCACUUAUAAAGUUGGCCUUAAGGUGCACCCUAAUGAGCAGGACCCCCGUGUGCCUAUCAUGUGCUGGGGCAGCUGUUCUUACACCACCCAGUCUAUAGAGAGAUUAUUGGUAGAUGAGGAGAAGCCUCUGUUUGGAAGUUUACCCUGUAGACAGGUAUGACAACCCAACUUAUUGUCAUAUCUCAGCCCAGCCAGGACUCGGUUUCCCGAGAAGCAACACCCACUUCUAACAUGGCCGCUGAGGACUACACUUCCCACACACGCAUGCGCUCACCUCCCCGGAGUUCUGAUCUCACACACCUGCAGCCAAUCACCUUGUCCACUCACCACGGCUUAUUAAGAGACUUUGGCUACAGAGACACUUUGUGAAGUAAACGUUCAGCAGACUAGAUUCUCUGUCGUUCUCCAAGCGUUACCUACUGUCUUUAUUCCAUAAGUGACUUUGGCCUUUGCUUACGUCCCCGACCACGAUUUCUGUCUUGCCCCGUUUGUUUUGUUUGUAUGAUCGCCUGACCCUCGCUUGCUUCUUGACUACGGACUGUGCUCACCCCUCUGGAUUAUUCUGCCUGAACCUGCCGCCCGCUUCUGCUUCUGUAUUCCCCACGGAGACUAUUUGAGUUCCCUGGCUCAGGUUGGCUCUGCAUGCUGAGUCUCCUCUCACUCCUCUGUGCAAAAUCACUUCAUGCGACUGUUGGUAGGUAUAUUUAUUUCAUUAUUUAUUUUUCUCUCACUUGUAGUUUUUUUUAGUUCUUUAACUCUGUGUGUGUGUGUGUGUGUGUGUGCAUGUGCGCGCGCGCGCUCCGUGCAGCACUUGUUCUUGCUCCCCAGGUGGAAAGUUCCCCCUGCAUUCUGGAUGUGGACAUGUUCCACUCAGUGGUGAGCUGAAAAGCUUGUUAAAUGAUACUUUAGGCACUAUUAAAUGUAUAUUAGCAUCAGAUUAGAGUAACAUUGUUGUCCAGAAUCUAAACCUGUCUAUCUAACAGGUAAUUGUCUGUGGUUUCUUUGGCAGUAGUCUCUGAAUCAUGUUUUGUGUUUGUAUGUCAGGGGAGUCUGGUGCUGUCCUAUUCAGCAUUGCACUGCUUAGACUCCUCAGGGCUUAGUGCGGAUACUGCACACCUGCAUCUCUUCCACUUGGUCAUUGUUGCUCACCUGGUCCAGAUCCCCCUCACCUCUGUGCCAGGUUAGAGCAUAUUCUACUUAGAGCAUGUACAACUUAACAAUAGAUGGUGAUCUGUGUUAUGCUGUCAUUUGUGUGUUUAUUAACCCUCGUUCUUACAAAUGAGUAAUAACGUGUUUGCUGUCAAAGUAAUUCACUGCAGCCAACAGCGUUAGAUUUGUGUAGGGUUUUAUUUUUUUUUGGGGGGGGGUUGAACACAAUUUUUAAAAAGUGCUUAAAUUUAAUCCUAAAGAAAUGUUUCUAUACAUGCUGCAGUCCACGUGUUUAUUUACUAUUUGUUUUUUUUUAUACUGUUUCAGUAUUUAGUAGACUGUUCUGUGAACAGCAAUGGUUUUGCGUCUGAGUUGUUAAUUUUGUUUUGAGUUUUGCCAAAACUUGCUGCUUAUUAGAGAUGCCGAGCAUCCAACCAGGAACAUGAUUUUGGUUCAAAAAUAUUCAUUAAUGGUGUCCAAAAAGUUGCCCCAAACCUGUAGAUCAUUAGCUUAUUAUUAUUAUUAUUAUUAUUAUUAUUAUUAUUAUUAACACAUUAAUUGGACUGCCCUCGUUAACAUUGGUGGUGUGUCCACAGA